GUGCACCGCGCUCCGUCCCCUCACGGCGCCGCCAUCCCACCGUUCCCCGCGCUCCGUCCCCUCCCCUCACACCGCCGCCAUCCCGCCGCGCCCCGCGGCCCCGCGCAGCCAUGGCGUACCGCGGGCAGGGCCAGAAGGUGCAGAAGGUGAUGGUGCAGCCCAUCAACCUGAUCUUCCGAUACCUGCAGAAUAGAUCCAGGAUCCAGGUGUGGCUCUAUGAGCAGGUGAACAUGAGGAUAGAAGGCUGCAUCAUCGGCUUUGACGAGUACAUGAACCUGGUGCUGGACGAUGCUGAGGAAAUUCACUCCAAAACCAAGUCCAGGAAGCAGCUGGGUCGGAUCAUGCUGAAGGGGGACAACAUCACCCUCCUGCAGAGCGUCUCCAGUUAGGAUCGAGCUGGAAAAUCGGGAUUGGGAGCUCUGGAAAACCGGGAUGAGCCGGAGCUGGAACUCCCCGCGCUUUCUUUGGGAAUUCUGUUUUGUAGUUUGGGGCUUUGGGAAAUAAAAAUGUUUUUUG